CUAUUAAUUUUGAAUUUUGAACAAAUAAGUCUUUCUACUUAGAAAGUUAAAGUUAAAGCUCCAUUAAUUUCAUAGUUGAUUCGUCCCUGCUGACGAAUACACUUCAGUCCCUUGGGAAUAUUUUGCGACGAUCUCUUCCUUCGGUGUCAUCGAGUACGUAAAAGUCUAAUCAAUAUGGGUCAUAAAGACUUUGGAAAUCUUGCCAAAAUCAGUGGUGUCACAUACUUUCGCAUUAGUCAACAUGAACAAAAAGCAUUCAAGGGAUUUUUCUCAGAAGGUAUACCUAAUCUGGCACGUCGUUUCAAUUGGAGCAUACUUCGAUCUACACCUUUUUUCCUUAUGACUUACAUGAUUAUGACGUGGGCUGACGACGUAAAUCAUGCUAUGCACCGCAAGAACCCAGUAUACCAUGAUUAGUUUCAUGGUUAAUAAUGCAUUAGACAUAAUG